UCUUAACGCAAAUUUAGUACUUCAACUCCAAUUUAAUGUAAAGAAUAACCACUUUGAGGUUGUGAGAUCCGGGUUUGCUGCUAUUAAAAUUAGUCACACUCUGCAUAAAGGUCUUUUUCAGGGUUUAAUAGCCUACUCAAUCAUGGCGCGCCGUGCGUAAAAUCAUUAGUUGCCAUGGGCGCCGCGCACGGUUAUCCCACGAUGUAAUCACAGCAAUAAGGUGUUGAUGAACGGAUGUCCCUCUGCCGCAUCUUUGAGCUUCCAGACGCCCUUAGGCUGGCUUUAGGAAAAUAAAGUCAUGGUUACAGGGGGGGUAAAAAUACUCCGCUGCUCAUACAUCAGAGCGCUGCAUGAUAUUUUUGGGAUCUUCUCCCAUUCGCGUCGGAGUGGUUGCUGGGUGUUUUGUCGUUGCCAGCUCUGGACUGUCGCGUAUAACAACUCUGUGCAGCGGGAAGAGACGCCACAGAGCGUGCAGAAAUUUCGACGUAAACAUGUAAAAGGGAAAACCACAGAGUUCAGAAGGAGAAUAAAAAAAAAUAAAUAAAGAAGACACCCAGGGGACUUUGGCACCGGAAUGACGCCUUGACCUUGUCCCUGUGAAGACAUGAAGGGGACCAAAGUGUCCACCCCCGUCGACUGGAAGACCACAGCGGGGACUGGUGCUGCUGCUGUGGGACCGACGGGGGAUUUGGCUGGAUUUGGAUAAAAAGGCGCAAAUGCGUAAAACUUUGAUGAGAAAGUAUCCUGAACUGUAACACCAGAUUUUCUUUUUAUAUUUUAUGAAACUCUUGGUAAACACCUUAUAUGGAUUUAUCUUGUUGAGUUUUUUUUUUUUUUUUUUUUUCUUGUUUUUGUUUUGAUGCUUUGGAGAAAUGUGGAGCGCCUUUAUGAAUGGGUCGGGGCUGCACAGUGGGGGCGGUACCGGAGGGGGUUAUGUCCCGUCUCAGGGAUGGGAGUUUGUGCCCUGCACCAGGAUGGACAGGGCAGACAGAGGCAGGGGCAAAAGCCGUAACCCACUGAAAAGAAUCUCCUCUCCGCCCACCGUCUUCAGUCAUAUCUGCGAGCACCAGUUCGGGGCUUCUGCUGGAGGACUAGAGCCUGGGGCAGGGACGCAGGCUGAAGUCCUCAGGGGCCAAAUGUGGCCAAGUGUCGAACCGCAGCAGCAGCAGCAGCAAACACAGCACAUUCGACUCAAAAAGAAAUUUGAGGAUUUGAAAAAGAGACACGUACAAGACAAGGAAGAAUGGAUGCGAGAGAAGGAAUCAUUGUUGAGAGAAGUGGCUAACAUACAAGGUGGGGAGAAUAGAAGGAUUCUGCUGGACCUGAAGACAGUUUUGGAGGAGGUACAGGUGGAGGUGAAGAGAGAGGAGGAGAAGAGGAGUGAGCUGGAGCUACAGUACACCAGAGACAGAUGUUCCUGGGAGCUGGAAAAGGCUGAGCUUAAACGCAGGAUUGCACAGUUGGAAUCUAGAGAGGACGGUGGGUUGGUCAGCGGAGGGGUCCAGGCAGCAGCAGGUCCGGCCACUGCGGCGUCACGGAGCGCUCAAAACCAGCAAGGCGAGACGUCAACGUUCCGCCGCGAGAGGGAAGAGCAGAGGAGGCUUCUGGCGGACACGCACUCGGCGGCCAUGGACCUGCGCUGUCGCCUGGAACAUAAUGAGAGGGAUUGGUUAAGAGAGAAAGCGGAGCUGCUGGAGCGGUUCGAUGUGGAGAGGAGUGAAUGGGAAAGCCAGCUGAAGGAUAUGCAGAGAAAAAUAGAAGAGCUGUACUGUGAAGUGAGAGCGAAGCGUGAAGGAACUGGACUGGACAGUGGGAGGCACUACGACGACAAGGCUGCACAUCGGCUCAGCAUCCGUUCAACCAGCACAGGCUCCAGCAUACUUAGCGACAACUACCGCUCUGAGCCACUUAGCAGCAGCAGUCAGUCAGAGCCGGGCAGACACCCAGCAUUUCCUGUUUUCGGUCUCAACAGAGUAAUCAGUGGCGGCGGCGGUGAUGGUCACCACUCCACCUGUUUCCAAGCAGAAAGCUCGUCUGAGUUUAACGUUGGUGGUCACUUUACCCACAGUGACCACACACAACCUGUUCUGGUGGAUGGAUUGAGAUCUAGAGGCACUUGGCAGCAGGAUUCAGCCACUGAUAUCAGGGAAGCUGUUGAUACACUGGAGCUGGAUGGUAUUGUGCACGGAGCUCCUGGAUGUGGAUCACCCACUAAAAAUGCUUCCAAAGGGAAUGAAAGUGUCCAUGAGGAACCUCCAGAACGUCCUCUUUGGUCUGAGCUGAAUUAUGGCAGUGACAAAAAGAAGAACACCACUGCUCUCAAUGCUGCUCUGAAGGAGAUCGCCCGUGUAAGCGAGGAGCUUUGUAGCUACCAGGAUGAGAUCCGAAAGAAGAGCGGGGAUAAGAGAAAUCAGCCUGAGUCUCUGCACCAGUCUGAGGACAGAGAGAUGCUGCCGGGCCACGUUAACACCAGACUGGAACUUGAUGAAGCACCCUGCGAUCUCGGUCAGAUUUAUGACGAACUGCGAGCCUUGGAGAGAGACAACUGGAUCACCCUCUCACCAGACAACACCUGGCUGGCAAAGAGAGGUUCACUUAAGUCUUUGGGAGCAAGUACCCCUGAUCCUGACGGCCACAAAGAUGCACAGACUUGCCCGGGAAUGCUUUCUGAGAUGGAAACAGCUCCACCCAUCCCCCCUCGUACCUCCUCCUGGAAUCUUAGCAGCCCUACCCAUCCAGACACAGAACUCUACAUCCCAGAAUCCCCCUUGGCAACUAUGAGAAAGUGCCAUAGCCCCUGUGUUCUUGUCGACAGAAAAUGCAGCAGCCCAUCCAUUGUCCGGAAGUUUGAGGCUAUGUUGCAAGAAAAUGAAGGAAAAGUGUUAAUAGACGGUGUGGUGACAUCAUGCUCUGUACCUUCUAACUCUAACUGUAAUGUUGGAUGUUGCCAUAAUCGCUGGUCCUGUGAUGCAAGCAAGUUCACCAAUAACAAGUUAUCUACAUAUGGGACUGUCCAGAAAAGCUUCUCAGAAGUUAAUAUAUUGACUGCUGGGAAAGAGUUGGGCUCAGAUUACAACUCUGGUGUUGCUAAUUUUAAAAGCUCAGAGAUACAUCACAUGCCUCCAAUUGUCAAAGAAAUGCCUGUAGAUUUGCUCUUAUCCUCACUGGAAAUAAAGCCUGCCAGCCCAAACCUCCAGGGCUCAAGAAGAAACAUAAUGCUGGAGCAAAAAACAGCAGAGUUCAACCGAUGUUUAUUUCAGGCAGAGAUGGGCCGUGGGGUAGAAGAACCGCACAGUUUUACAUUAACAGAUGCCUCUUCUGUGGGUUUAGUGCAUUCAGCAACUUUUCCAUCAGGUGAGGUUUUACCCCCCAUGGAGGCUCAGUAUCAACAACAUUGUACGGAUGUCACCACUGGCGUCCUGGGUGUGGAUCCUGAAGUCCCUUUGUCUCUCUUCGCCUCAGAUUCCACAAAUCAGAAGUCUGAGGUCCAAGCAGGGCGAACCAGAUGUGGCCCCAAAAGUCCAGAAAUCAGAAUGAAGCAAGAAAAUCCCUCUGAUGUUUCGUCUGAAGAGUCACAUGCUGCGUUCUGGGAGGCUACCACAAUAACCUCUCAGAACCCUACACACCAUUCUGAGGUCAGGCACAAAGUGCAAGUUGCAAACAGUCCUUCCAGGAAAACACAAAACAGAGCAGCCACAGAAGUUCACUUGUCAGAGCAUGACUUGCCUGUAAAUACCCAGCCGGCUCAGAUUGUGGAGGUUUCCAGCUCUAAGAAUGAAAACACCCAUGAAGCUCAACCUCAGCCAGGCAGGCCGGGUGUCUCGCUCCAACAGCCCUGUGCAGAGAACAAACAAAGACAGAUGACACAGCCGGGACACCAAGUGCAGCCAAAACACGUGUCUCCUCCAUCUCAGUCUGAAAUCACAAGACCUGGACCCAGAGUGAUGAACGACCAUCCCUGGAAGCCCCUUACGCUGGCUGCAUACCCAAAGCCUGAGGGAUCCAGGUCCAACUACGGGGCAGUGGAGAGGAUUUUGAAGAAUUACGAGACUGCAGCCCGGGCUCAACAGAACAGGAAUCAACAGAAAGAGACGUCUUCAAGUCCAAACCUGAGCAUCACGCAGGAGAACGUCAAACACCUGGACAUGCUGGACAUGGACACAUUACCUUUUACCAUGCGACACACAUCGACGUCACACACCUCACAGACACACACAUUGCAUAUGCAGCCCAGCAGCCACAGUGCCACGGAGGGGAAAGAGAUCCAACUUACAGUGCAGGAAAGCAAAGAGUCUUCCGUCUCCUCUUCCUCCGUCCACAAGAACUUCUCGAGGCCAGCCCGCCCGGCUAAUCGGCGCCUCCCCUCCCGAUGGGCCAGCCGCUCCUCUGCUUCCUCCAGCUCCUCAUCUUCAUCUCCCACCCCUCCAUCCUUCGCCCUCCAGAAACACGCCUCCUCCUCCUUUACCUACUCACAUGCCUUUCACAUCGAGACUGUCAUCAUUUGAUCUUCGCCACCCAGAAGCCUUCAGUGAUAACCUAUGAACUGUGAACUUGUUUUUCAUUCAUGUUGUACAUACCAAAACGCAGACUGCAUCUCCACUUGUAUUGAGUCAAAGUGCUUUAGUGUGAGUUCACUUAACAUUAGAAUGUAUGUGGCGUCCAGUGGAGCUGACCAAGACAAGAAAGUAAUCUGAAACAGCUUUAGUUGCAGUAUGCAGCAGUGUGAUCCCAUUAACCGACCAGGACAACCUGGACAAUGAAUGCACCACUUUUCAAGGAACAGUCAUAUCCAGUGCACCUCAAGUUCAUGCCAACCAUCUAAAUGGAUUUUCUAUGCUCAGGUCUGGAUUCUACCCUUGACUAGUGUAGCCUUGCAGAUGAAUCUACAAAAGACUUCCCUCUGUUCCGUAUACUGUAUUUACACCUAAAAGUGAUGCUAGCUCAGAUUAAAAUUCAUAUUCAGCCAAAUAAAAUCCAUCAUGAUGUAUUUAUGAUGUACUGUAUUGUGUAUUAUGUGUGCAGGAUCAGACUUUGUGUUCUCAAUGCACAAAGUAUUUUGUUGCAUACAUAAUACACACGAUCAUUUUGGAUUUAGAGACACUUGCAACUCAGAAAACAUCUUUCCUAAGCAUCACUUCCUCAGCAUGCUGAAUAAAACAGUGUUGUUUUUGCCUUCUGAACAUUACUCACACUACAUACCUAAGCUGUACCUUGCCUGUGACUAAAUCAUUCUGCUUUACACUCAUGAAUGGCUUUACAUUUUCAUCAUUUACUUGAUAUCAGCAAGUAGUUACAGAUUUGAGUUCCUUUUUUUUUUUUUUUAAAUAACUUUGUACCAAAGGCUGGUUUCUUUAUAUGCAUUUUUUUGAUUUGAAAAUUAAUUGCAUUGUCUGUAAUGGCAUUCAUUUUUGCUGUCCACACAUUGCUAAUGUUUUCUAAUCAAAAUGUAUGUUCUCUUCUCAUUUUUGUGCAUAAGAAUAAGAAUGAUGCUUAUGAAAAAAUAAUGUAAAAAAAAAAAAAAAAGAAAAGCCUUUUUUCUACUUUUACUAAUUCUGAGUGGUCACAUAUCAGGACAUUACUGAGUAGUGCAGUUUUUUGGGUCAAAGUGGUGAAUUACAUGAUGAAGGUGAUGCCUUUGCUGUUCUUUUUUGUGUAAUAAAUAUAAGGAUUUAAUAUU